AAGCCUUUGAAAAUGUCGGUUGCAGGUUAAAAAUGAGAAGGAAUUUGUCUCCAGGAAGCUCAAACACGGCACACCAGUUUUGUUGUCUCUGUCGAGAUAUUUAAGAAGUGGAGCAAGGGAUCCAAUUGACCACCCUUCCUGCUCGGACUGUGGGGAGGGAUUCACUCAGUCAUUUGACCAACUGGCACUCCUAUAAUUUACACAGGAGAAAGGCCUUUCACCUGCUCAGACAGUGGGAAUGGAUUCACUCGGUUAUCCCAAUUGAAGGUACAUCAGCAAGUUCACACUGGGCAAUUCCAUUCACCUGUCCUGUGUGUGAGAAGGGGUUCAGUCGGUCAUCCCACCUGUGGACACACCAGUCAGUUCACACCACACUGGGCAGAGGCUGGUCAUCUGCUGAAUUUCUGGGAAAGGAUUCACUCAGUCAUCUGAUCUAAUGGCUCACCAGCGGGUUCACAAUGGGGAGAAGCCAUUCACCUGCUCAGAAUGUGGGAAGGGAUUCACUCAGUUAUCUCACCUACAGAGUCACCAGCAAGUUCACGCCGGGAAGAAAGCGUUCACCUGCUCAGUCUGUGGGAAGAGAUUCACUCGCUCAUCCACCCUACAGAGACACCAGCGAGUUCACACUGGGGAGAAGCCAUUCACCUGCUCAGUCUGUGGGAAAGGAUUCACUCAGUCAUCUACCCUACUGGUACAUCAGCAAGUUCAUACUGGGGAGAAGCCGUUCAUCUGCUCAGUCUGUGCGAAGAGAUUCAGUAAUUUAUCCAGCCUACAGAGACAUCAGCGAGUUCACACUGGGGAGAAACUCUUAACCUGCUCAGUCUGUGGGAAGAGAUUCACUAAUUUAUCCAGCCUACAGAAACAUCAGCGAGUUCACACUGGGGAGAAGCCGUUUACCUGCUCAGAAUGUGGGAAGAGAUACACUGACUCUUCCACCCUACAGAGUCAUCAGCGAGUUCACACUGGGGAGAGGCCAUUCACCUGCUCAGUCUGUGGGAAAGGAUUCACUUGGUCAUCUGACUUACGGAGUCAUCAACGAGUUCACACUGGGGAGAAGCCGUUCACCUGCUCAGUCUGUGGGAAGAGAUUCACUCAUUCAUCUCACCUACAGAGUCAUCAGCGAGUUCACACUGGGGAGAGGCCGUUCACCUGCUCAGUCUGUGGGAAGGGAUUCACUCGGUUAGCUAACCUACAGAGACACCAGCGAGUUUACACUGGGGAGAAGCCGUUCACCUGCUCCGUCUGUGGGAAGGGAUUCACUCAUACAUCCCACCUACAGAAUCACCUGCGAGUUCACACUGGGGAGAGGCCGUUCACCUGCUCAGUCUGUGGGAAGGGAUUCACUCAGUUAUCCCACCUACAGAGUCACCAGCAAGUUCACACCGGGGAGAGAGCGUUCACCUGCUCAGAAUGUGGGAAGAGAUUCACUCGCUCAUCCACCCUACAGAGACACCAGCGAAUUCACACUGGGGAGAAGCCAUUCACCUGCUCAGUCUGUGGGAAAGGAUUCACUGAGUCAUCUACCCUACUGGUACAUCAGCGAGUUCACACUGGGGAGAAGCCGUUCACCUGCUCAGUCUGUGGGAAGGGAUUCACUCAGUCAUUCACCCUAAAGAGUCAUCAGCGAAUUCACAAUAGAGAGAGGCCAUUCACCUGCUGAGAAUGUGGGAAAGGAUUCACUCAGUCAUCCCACCUACUGGCACACCUGUCAGCUCACAAUGAGGAGUGGCCAUUGUUAUGAAUCCCAAGGUUUUGUUUGCUGUGGAUUGUCAUUUUAAGAGAGAGAGAGAUUAAGAAGGCAAAUGUGUCUGACUUGCAGCUUGUUUACAUCGCGUGCAGCUUGCUAAUUUAAACCGAGGACACAGACACUCAGAGUCAGAUGGAGACGAAGGAGGAAAAAUGGAAGCAUCGAAACCAGGGAACCAGUGGCCAAGGGUCACUGUUUGGAAUUUUCCUUUACCCACAAGGGUGGGCUAAUUAUCGAUUCACCGUACAUCGAAUGUGUGGCUGUCACCUCAUUUGAUUCAUAGGAGUGGAUCUGAUUUGGGGUAUCCUGUGGAGACCACUUAUGUGUUAACCAUUGCCAGGCUGUGGUGUGGUAAUUCAUUGAGACGAUACCAAUCAUGACAAGUCACUUAGGGUGAUAAUUAGUAUGUGGAUUUGGAAGGAUGACAGAUAAAAUCUACAGCGACUGUUGGUCUCAUUUUACCACCAUGGAACCUGUGGAGUACGACAUAAUUGCCUUCUCUCAACAUUUACCCUGGAUUACAAGUAUCUCUCUCUCAUCACCUGUUCUGUGGUUCAACUGAACUUUCAUACCUUACCACCUCAAGACUCCAAGCCUUGUUUCCCCCAAGCUCAAUAGUUUGGGAGUUAUAUUUAUACACAUAACACUCACGAGGAAAUCUGCAGAUGCUAGAAAUUCAAACAACACACACAAAAUGCUGGUGGAACACAGCAGGCCAGGCAGUAUCUAUAAGGAGAAGAAUUGUCGACGCUUCAGGCUGAGACCCUUCGUCAGGACUAACUGAAAGGAAUGAUACUAAGAGAUUUGAAAGUGGGGAGGGGGGGGGGAGGGUGAAACGUGAAAUGAUAGGGGAAGACCGAAGGUGGUGGGAUGAAGCUAUGAGCUGGAAAGAUGAUUGGCGAAAGUGAUACAGAGCUGGAGAUGGGAAAGGAUCAUUGGACAGGAGUCCUUGGGAGAAAGAAAGGUGGGGGGGGAAGCACCAGAGAGACAUGGAAAACAGGCAAACAAUUAAAUAUGUCAGUGAUGGGGUAAGAAGGGGAAGAGGUGCAUUAAUGGAAGUUAGAGGAGUCAAUGUUCAUCCCAUCAGGUCAGAGGCUACCCAGCCAGUAUAUAAAGUGUUAUUCCUCCAACCUGAGUUUGGAUUAAUUUUGACAGUAGAGGAGGCCAUGGAUAGACAUAUCAGAAUGGGAAUGUGACAUGGAAUUAUAAAGUGUGGCCACUGGGAGUAGUCUGUUGCUGUUGGUUCGUUUCUAAAGCGUUACGGUUUGUACAAAAUGGGGCCUGCGUCUGGGAUAUAGAGAAAUUUAAGGAUUGAUUUAAUAUUGAUUUCAUUGGGGAAAUCCCUUUUGAUUUAUUUGUGUGUGAAAAUCAGCAGCAAUGGAUGUUGAUAGAUAUCUGGAAGUGUGAACCUCUCAGGCAUUAGAGGACUCCAGAAGGAUUGAGUUGUUGAGUAUUGCUAAAAUGUUAAUACUUGCUAAGGUGAAAUUGACAAUGAGGAGGGCACAGCUGCAGAGGAUAAUAGCUGAGCAUUAUGUAUCUGAGGGUGUGUUUAAAGUGGAGGAGUUGGAGGUGUUUCCUGAAAGUAAACCUCAUGAGCUUGAGCUCCAGGACAAGUUAGAAAAAUUAAAGAUGGAGGCUCUGGAAAGGCAGAGGCAGUUUCAGGCUGGAGUGGCAGAUAAGCAGAAAGAAAAUUCUCUUACAAAGUGUAAUUAAGGGGAAGGCUUAGCAUGCCUAUUCUGCUUUGACAGUUGCUGAAGCAGCUUAUUAUUUAUUUAUUUAUGCUGCCCCAAUCAUCGCCACUGGGCUAUAAAUGUGCAGGAGCAGUGUGUGGUUCAGUGCUUUGCUCAAAGACACACAUGCUGCCUCGGCUGAGGCUCGAACUCAUGACUUUCAGAUCGCUAGUUCAACACCUUAACCACAUGGUCACGCACCACAUAUUAUGACCCAGUGAAACAGGCUGUGCUCAAAGCUUGUGAGUUGGUCCCAGAAGCAGACAGGCAAAAGUUUAGAAAUUUGAAGAAAUCUGUGAACCAGACAUACGGAAUUUGCUGAUGAGAAAUUUGACCUCUGGUGCACAUCUGAACAUGUAAAUGAUGAUUUUAACAGCUUGAGAGAGUUGGUUUUAAUUGAAGAAUUCUGAAGGUGUGUCCCUGAUGACAGAAAGAUGUAUUUAGAUGGAAAUGAUGCUGUCACUAUGCAGGAAUCUGCUGGAUUAGCAGAUCAGUUUGCUUUAACUCAUAAGGUUAUGUUUACCCUGAAUAAGAGUUUCCAAAAGGCACUUGUCAAGUUGUGGGUAAACCUAAUGAGCUGGGGACGUCACGUGAUGACGUAGGAUCGAGACGGUGGAACACAGCCCUCCCGUAAAAAAGUUAAUAAAUCAAUGUUUAAGUGAAGAAAAGUUAAUCAAUACCUUUUUAAGGUUACUUAUAAACUACUCCGGAUUGUUUUAAGCUAUGCCUCAUAAACAGAGGACGAAGAAAACUACUACCGUGAAGACAGCUCGAGUUGGAACAGAAUCAAGGCCUAUUUCUACUGAAGAACCACGGACUCAGGUACAAUACACCACCGGUGAAACAGAACAGGAGACUGUGGCAGCAUCGGCCAUUUCUAAAGGAAAAGUUCAACGAGAACUGUGCAAGCGUAAAGGAAUGAGCAUGCGCAAACGAGAGCAACCAGAACUACAAAACCCAGCAGCGACUGAAACCGACAGUGAAAGUGAAUCUGAGAGAGAGCCGGACUCUCUGGAAAAAUCAGACAAAGAUGAAGAUGAAAGUGCCUCUGAAAAUACAAAAAAGACUUUGAGGCAAAUAAUGCAUAAAUUAAAUGCAUUAAAAGUAAUUAAAGAAAAAUAAUAAAUAUGGAAGCUAUGUUUGAUAAAAUGACAAAGAGACAGCAAAAAAUGGAAAAGAAAAUUACAGAUUUGGAAGUCAAAAUGGAAGAUAUGGAAGGAAGAAUGAAGAAUAUGGAAUAUGAUAAUAAUGCCUGGACAUAGAAAGAAAACAACUCAUGGAAAAAAUUGAUAAGCUUGAAAAUUUUGGUAGACGCAACAAUAUUAAAAUUGUUGGACUUAAAGAAGAUACCGUAAGAGAAGACCCAAUAAAUCUUUUCCAAAAUGGAUUCCUGAAAAAUUGGAAAUGGGAGAAGAAACUUCAAUUGAGAUUGAAAGGGUGCACAGAGCCUUAAGGCCAAGAUCUCAAGAUGAUCAAAAUCCGCGAUCAAUUUUGAUUAGAUGUUUACGAUACCAGGAUAAAGAAAAGAUUUUGAGGGCAGCUGCCCAAAGUGCCAAAAGAAGAAAGGGUCCAUUGAUGAUAGCAGAGAAACCUGUUCUUUUUUAUCCUGAUAUAAGUUAUAACCUUUUGAAGAGAAAGAAAGUAUUUAAUCCAGCUAAAAAAGUCUUAUGGGAAAAAGGUUGUAAGUUUUUAAUGCAUCACCCAGCAACAAUGAUAAUUUUUUUGGCGGAGGGAAAAAGAUUUUUUUCCCGAUUAUCGAGAUGCGGAGGUGUUCGCACAAAAACUUCCAUUUAUUCACUAAUUAAACGUAGAGACUUCUAACUGUAAUGGUUAAAGACGAAGACAGAGAUAGUGAAUGGAACUGAUGGACAUUUAAGGAUGAUAUAAGGGAGAAAAGUAAAAUUUUAGAAAUAUUAAUUGAGAAUAGUAUUUUUUUUCUUUUUUUAUAUAUAUACUUUUUAUGUUGUGGGGUGGGUGGCUGGGGAGCUUUGUAUCGGUUACUACGGGAUUCACGUGUGUAAUCAUGGCGAUUGUCAUGACCCGUACAAUAGAGGGGGGAUAAUGUUGUGUUUUCUUCUUUCACAACAUUAGUAGGGGGGUAUUUUGUUUUUUUCUUUAUAUUCUAUUUUUCUUUUAUUCUUUUGCCUGGAUGAUUGGUGGCGACACACAUAGCAACAUGGAGACUUCAAAAAAGAUUUCCCAGGAUACCAUGAAAGUUGAAAGAUCAGGUAUUAUUAUAGAUUGGAGUAACAUAAUUAAAAAUAAUGACUAAUUUAUUGAAGUUUUUAAGUUUCAAUGUUAAUGGGCUUAAUGGACUAAUAAGAAGAAAAAGAAUUUUAACAUAUAUUAAAAAAUGAAAAUAGAUAUAGCUUUCUUACAAGAAACUCAAUUAACGGAUAUAGAACAUCAGAAAUUAAAAAGAGACUGGGUUGGAAAUGUUAUUGCAGCUUCAUUUAACUCAAAGGCGAGAGGAGUUGCAAUUUUAGUUAAUAAAAAUUUACCAAUUAAAAUACAAAAUGUAUUAAUUGAUUCCGCAGGAAGAUAUUUAAUUAUACAUUGUCAAAUUUUUUCAGAGCUAUGGACUCUUAUGAAUAUUUAUGCCCCAAAUGAAAAUGAUGUAAAAUUUAUACAGGAGGUCUUUUUGAAUUUGGCUAACGCACGUGAUAAAAUAUUAAUAGGUGGAGAUUUCAAUUUUUGUUUAGAUCCAGUUUUAGAUAGAUCAACAAAGGCUAUUACAAAAUCAAAAGUAGCAAAAUUAACUAUCAUUGAUGAAAGACUUAAAUUUGAUUGAUAUAUGGAGAAGAAUCAAUCCAAAAGAAAGAGAUUAUUCAUUUUAUUCAAAUAGACAUAAAACCUACUCAAGGAUAGAUUUUUUCCUAUUAUCAACGAAUAUUCAAGAUAGAGUGAAAAUGUGGAAUAAAAGCAAGAAUAUUGUCUGAUCAUUCUCCUUUAAUAAUGACAAUGAUAAUGAUAGAUGAAGAGGAAUCAAUUUAUAGAUGGAGAUUUAAUUCAAUUCUACUAAAACGUCAAGAUUUUUAUGAUUUUAUGAAAAAGCAGAUUCAGUUCUUUUUAGAUACAAGUUUACAUUCAGUUGAUGAUAAAUUUAUAUUGUGGGAAGCAAUGAAAGCAUAUUUGAGAGGCCAGAUAAUAAGUUAUACUUCUAAAAUUAAGAAGGAAUAUAUGAUAGAAAUAAAUCAAUUGGAAAAAGAGAUUAUAAAAUUAGAAAAGGGAUCUCAAAGAAAUAUGACAAGAAAAACGAAGACAACUUAUUAAUAAGAAGUUAAAAUACAAUACACUCCAGACAUAUCGAACAGAAAAAGCAAUUAUGAGAACUAAACAGAGUUAUUAUGAACUAGGUGAAAGAUCACAUAAAGUCCUUGCUUGGCAGUUAAAAACAGAUCAGACUUCUAAAACAAUAAAUCUAAUUCGAACAAAAGUGAAUGAAAUUACUUAUAAGCCUCUAGAAAUUAAUGAGGCUUUUAAGAGUUUUUAUUCUGAGUUGUAUAAAUCAGAAUCAAAGAAUGAUGACGUUAAGAUAGAAGGAUUUUUAUCACAAAUAACUCUUCCAAAAUUAAAUACAGAAGAACAGAAGGGAUUAGGUAUGCCUUUUACAUUGAAGGAGUUUGAAGAAGCUCUGGGAUCACUUCAAAGUAAUAAAUCUCCAGGAGAAGAUGGUUUUCCGCCUGAAUUUUAUAAGAAGUUUAAAGAUUUAUUAAUCCCUCCUUUUAUGGAGUUAAUACAGCAAGCGGAAAGAACGCAUAAACUUCCAGAAACUUUUCCAACAGCUAUUUUAAUAGUAUUGCCAAAAAAAGAUAGAGACCUUUUAAAACCAGCAUCAUAUAGACCUAUUUCUUUAUUAAACACAUUAUAAAAUAAUAGCAAAACUCUUAUCUAAUAGAUUAUCUAAAUGCUUACCAAAAUUAGUGCAUAUGGAUCAAACAGGAUUUAUUAAAAAUAGACAAUCAGCAGAUAAUGUAGCCCGUUUAUUUAGUAUAAUCCAUUUAGCGCAAAAGGGGGAGGAAACGAGUGUGGCAGUUGCUUUAGAUGCAGAAAAAGCAUUUGAUAGAUUGGAAUGGGAUUUUUUAUUUAAGGUAUUGGAAAAAUAUGGAUUAGGAACAUCAUUUAUAAAAUGGAUUAAAACCUUAAAUACUAAUCCCAAAGCUAAAGUAGUGACAAAUGGUCAAAUUUCAACAUCACUUCAGUUAACAAGAUCAACUAGGCAAGGUUGUCCAUUAUCACCUGCUUUGUUUGUGUUGGCAAUGGAGCCACCAGCUGAAUUAAUUAGAAUGGACUCAGAUAUUAAGGGUUUCAGAGUUAAUCAGGAAUAGUACAAGAUUAACUUAUUUGCUGAUGAUGUUCUACUUUAUUUAACAUAUCCAUUACAUUCACUACGCAAAUUAUCUUAUAGAUUAGAAGAAUAUGGGAAAAUAUCGGGUUAUAAAAUAAAUUCGGAUAAAAGUGAAAUUUUACCUCUUACUAAAGGAGAUUAUAAUCAAUGUCGAUUAAUAACUCAAUUUAGAUGGCCGGCAAACGGUAUAAAAUAUUUAGGUAUAAGAGUUGAUAAUGACAUAAAAAACUUAUACAAAUUAAAUUAUUCACCACUUUUGAAAAAAAUUCAGGAAGACCUUGAUAAAUGGAUGGCAUUACCAAUAACAUUAGUAGGUAGAGUAAAUACUAUAAAAAUGAAUAUAUUCCCUUGACUACAAUAUUUAUUAAAAUCAUUACCAAUACAAUUACCCCAGAAGUUUUUUCAAGAGUUAAACAAAUAUGUGAGGAAAUUUCUCUGGAAAGGUAAGAUGUCAAGAAUAUCGUUGGAAAAAUUGACAUGGAAAUUUGAUCUAGGAGGAUUACAACUUCCAAAUUUUAAGAGUUAUUAUAAAGCAAAUCAACUUAGAUUUAUUGCAUCUUUUUUCGAGAAAGAUAAACCUGCAUGGAUUAGAAUAGAACUAGAUAAAAUAGGAGAAAACGUACCAGAAGAUUUUAUAUAUACAUUGGAAUCUAAAUGGAUACGGGAAAAGAAAGAAUCUCCUAUAUUAAAACAUUUGAUUGACUUAUGGAAUAAGAUAAAUGUUGAUGAUGAGACAAAAAAAUCUUUAUUAGCAAAGAGAUCUUUAAUUCAAAAUAGACUUAUUCCUUUCACAAUGGACAAUCAACUUUUAUAUAAUUGGUUUUAAAAAGGGGUUAGAUAUAUAGGAGAUUGUUUUGAAGGAGGUAUAUUAAUGUCAUUUGAUCAAUUAAAGAAUAAAUAUAAAGUAUCAAAUAACACUUUAUUUUGUUACUUUCAAUUAAGGGCUUAUUUAAGAGAAAAAUUAGGUCAAACAAUGUUAUUGCCGAAAUCUAAUGAAAUAGAAAUUUUAAUUCAAAAAGGAAAUAUUAAAAAAAUUAUAUCUUGUAUGUAUAAUUUAAUUCAAAAACAGGCAAUUAAACAAGGAGUCCAUAAGUCAAGACAAAAAUGGGAAAGUGAUUUGAAUAUUAAAAUUGAAGAAACAAAUCGGUCAAGACUAUGUCUUGAUAGUAUGACAAAUACAAUAAAUGUUCGGUUAAGAUUAGUGCAGUAUAAUUUUCUACAUCAAUUAUAUAUUACACCACAAAAAUAAAUAAAUAAAAUCCAAAUUUAUCGGAUCAGUGUUUCCGAUGAAACCAAGAAACUGGUACUUAUUUACAUUCUACAUGGUCUUGUUCUAAAAUUCACCCUUUUUGGACAAAUUUAAGACUUUUACUGGAACAAAUUACAGGAACACAAUUUCCUCAUAAUCCAAUAUUACUCUUACUAGGUGAUAUUGAAGGGAUAAAACCGAAACUUAAACUAAAUAAAUAUCAGAAAUAAUUCAUAAAAAUUGCACUGGCAGUAGCCAAAAAAGCUAUUGCAGUUCCUUGGAAAUCGGAUACAUAUUUAAGUAUAGACUCUUGGAAGAAAGAAAUCUAUGGCUGUAUUCCAUUAGAAAAAAUUACUUAUAAUUUAAGAGAUAAAUAUGAAACAUUUCUGAAAAUUUGGAGCCCUUAUUUACAAAAGACAGGACUAAAUAUAUAGAUGCUCUGAAGAUGAAACAAUUGGUUAUUAGGGGAAAGAAAUAAAUAUACAUAUUAAAGUUAUUACGAACUCCAUGGAGCAUGUGGAGAUCUACCAACAACCAGGCACUCUUUCUUUCUUUUUUUUUCUCUUUCUUUCUCUUUUUUUUCUAUAGGGUAG